AUGAACACGAGUUUAAACGCAGAGUCCACAGAAUGGACGCGUCAUGGAAAUCUCUCAUGCUACUACCUGACUCGAUUUUUAGUCUAUAGUCAAGAUGCGUUGAAAUUGCCUUUUAUCCUAAAUUGUGUGCUCAAUGCAGUUUUGUCAGUUACAGCGAUCGUUGGAAAUUCAGCGAUUCUCUGGGCGUUGACCAAAUCGUCUUCGACGCUUCGCUCCCCAUCAAAGGCUCUUCUCUUCAGCUUAGCAAUGUCUGACCUCGGAGUCGGCGCCCUUGUUCAACCGCUUUAUAUCACUUACAAAGCAGCCGAAGUGAACGAUAACUUUCGAAUGUUUUGUGUUGCUGGGAUUGGCUUCCAUUUGUCUGCGAAUGUGUUUUCGGCCGUGUCUUUUUUAACUGUGACUGCGAUCGCUAUCGACAGACUACUGGCGCUCCAUUUAAAAAAGGGUUACAACGCGGCCAUUUCUCUGAGACGUGUUGCCAUUUUACUGCUCCUUCUUUGGUCAGCAACAAGCUUAUGGGUCAUUGCCUGGAUCAUGAGUAUCAAGAUCUAUCAAAUCUUCAAUAUUGCAAGCGUGUUUGUCUGUCUCUUGAUAUGCGCUUCGGCUUAUGUCACCCUUCAAACUCGUCUGCGCAUGCUACAGAACUCCAUGAUCGCCUCACGUUUCCAAACUCAGGACACUGAAUCACAAGUUAUUUUUCAUGUGAAAGAAAACACACCCCAUCUUCAGCUUUAUCGACGAUCCGUGGUCACAAUGUUUUAUAUCUACAUUCUGUUAAUUCUCUGUUACGUUCCAUAUUUGUCGAUGUUCAUUGUUAUAGAAGUAACGGGGAGAGAUUCAGUGAAGAUCGCGUGUUUGAGCUUUGCAAUGACAGUGUUGUUCGCAAAUGCAUCAUUAAACCCUUUUCUUUACUGUUGGAGAAUUCAAGAGAUUCGCCGAGAAAUUUCAAAAGCAGCGAAGAAUAUUUUUUGUCGAAAAUGA